AUUUAAAAUGCUAGAUACUGUAAAUGGAACAAUGAUAUCACAAUUUGUUCAAGGUUCUUUAAACAAUAUGUGGGGAAGUUCAUUUGAGAGCAAACUAGAUAACGUUAGAAUGUUAUGUACAGACAGUGUGGUAUACAUGAUAUCAGCUGGUAGAAUAUUAAAAUCAACUUUUCCAAAAAUGUUGCAUUUCACAUGUUUAGCCCAUGCUCUAAAUUUUGUUGCGGGGCAGAUUAGAAAAGAGAACCCUUAUGUUGACAGUGUAAUUUCAAAUAUGAAAAAAGUUUUUUUGAAGGCACCAAAAAGAAUUAAAAUCAUUAAAGAAAUGUGUCCGGAUUUACCUUUACCUCCUGCACCUGUAAUUACCAGAUGGGGUACUUGGCUUGAUGCAGCAUUCUAUUACGCUAAGCAUUUCGAUGAAAUUAAAUCUGUAUUGUCUGUGCUGAACAGUCAAGAGGCAAAAUCUAUAGAGAAUGCUUUAAAAAAAUUUAAUAAUAAUUACAACAUUAAGGAUGAUUUGUCUCGUAUUUACGAACAUUUUUCAAUUAUACCAACAGCUUUGACAUCACUACAGAAACCCGAUCUUUCUCUAAUGGAAUCAUUUGAAAUAUUUGAUGCAGUGAGAUUAGCUUUGAGAUGGGCAAAUUGUGAGAACUUAGAAGAUAAAAUGGAAAAAGUCAUGGAUGGUUUAGGAACCUGUGAUUUGGACACUAUCAGAAAUAAGAAUUUUUUUCUUCCUGCACUAAUGACGAGGAGGAGGAAGUGUAUAAAUUUGCUAACCUCACCUCAGUUGACGUAGAGCGA